UUUAACUGACAGCAAGUCAACGACAAACACACUGGAAGACGAAGAGACUGAGUCACUGAAUGACCUCAUCGAUAUGAACCUGAAUUAUGACCACAUGGAUGACUUCAUGAAUCUGACUUAUGACGACAUGGAUGACAUCAUGAACAUCACAGGAUUCACCACCAACGUUCCAUCCUCGUUCACCACUGACGGCGACUACGAGUACGAGGACCUGAUGUGUGACCGGGCGCCGGUUCGGACCUUCAGGCGUUUGUUGGAGCCGCCGCUCUUCUGGAUGAUCGCCCUGGUGGGCGGAGCCGGGAACCUGGCGGUGGUGUGGAUCUACCUGAACUUCCAGCGGCGACUGAAAACCAUGUCCGAUGUGUUCCUGCUGAACCUGGCGGUGGCCGACCUGCUGUUCCUGGUCACGCUGCCGCUGUGGGCGGCCGAGGCUUCACACGGCUGGAAUUUUGGCUGGGCCCUCUGCAAGGUCAUCUCCGCCCUCUACAAGGUCAACCUGUUCAGCAGCAUGCUGCUGCUCACAUGCAUCAGUGUUGACCGCUACGUUGUCAUCGUGCAGACCACCAAGGCACAAAACUCACAGCUUGAGCGCCGUCGCCACGGCCGGCUGGUGUGUGUGGGGGUGUGGCUUCUGGCCCUGCUGCUGGCCACUCCUGAGCUUGUGUUUGCCAAACCGGUUGACGUGGACUCGCAGCUGUACUGCAGAAUGGUGUUCCCCCCCGAUCUGGACAACCGCACUGAGAUCCUGGUUCUGUCCAUACUGGUGAGCGUGGGCUUCUUCUUACCCUUCAGCAUCAUGGCGUUCUGCUACAGCGUCAUUGUCGCCAAGCUGAUCAAUACCCGAAACUUCCAAAAGCACAAGGCCAUGCGCGUCAUACUGGUUGUGGUGGUGGUGUUCGUCAUGUCCCAGCUGCCCUACAAUGGCGUGCUGGUCAUGAUGGCGACGCAGGCCUCCAACAUGACCAUGACGGACUGCGAGGCGGUGAAGCGGUUCGACAUCGUGGGACACGUGCUGAAGAGUCUGGCUUACAUGCACGCCUGCCUCAAUCCCUUCCUCUAUGCAUUUGUGGGCGUGCGUUUCCGCCACGACGUCCUGCAGCUCCUGCGCUGCGGCCGCCGCCGCUGCCUGCAACUGGUCGACAAGAAUCACCUGAGAGAGAGCGUCCGGCCGCCGAGCUGGAACCGAGCCUCGGGGGUGUCCGACAGCGACACCUCGCAGGUGCUGUCACUGUAACCACGUGACCUCCACUUCACACCUGAGCCGCCACACACGUGACCUCCUCUUCACACCUGAGCUGCCACACGUGACCUCCUCUUCACACCUGAGCUGCCACACACGUGACCUCCUCUUCACACCUGAGCUGCCACACACGUGACCUCCACUUCACACCUGAGCUGCCACACACGUGACCUCCUCUUCACACCUGAGCUGCCACACACGUGACCUCCUCUUCACACCUGAGCUGCCACACGUGACCUCCUCUUCACACCUGAGCUGCCACACACGUGACCUCCUCUUCACACCUGAGCUGCAACAGACAUCAGUCUCAUUACUCUCCAUCAUUUGAUCCAGUUACUUUAAGCUGUUUUAAAAUAAUUGAAACUUUUGUCCUUCCUGAAUAUUUCCAGGAAUUCCUCAGAAUUAGUUUGUUGAUGAAAUAAAUGAUAAACAAAGUCAUGAAACUUCUGUUUUCUUCUCAUAUUAAAUUUGUUGCAUCUCUAACAGGAAGUGAAUCUCAUGAUGGACGUGAAGAGAAGCAACGAGAUGGAAUAAAACUCAUGUGUAGUUUCUCUGGAUGUUUUGGUCCAUGAAGAUGCAAAGUGUGUUCAUGUGAGUGUGAGGAACAGGAGGAAGUGGAUCAGUCACACUAGUUUCUUCACUUCCUCCUCACAUCCUGUUUAUGUUUUCACUCUGUUCUGUAAAAACAUCUCAAUGUGUUUUUAUUCAAAUGUGUGAAAAAUAUCAA